GGCCCCUGAUGCGCGCGCCGAGGCGGCACUAAUGCGCCUGCGCGGCCAUGGCGGCGCCCUGCGCGGAGAUGGAGCCGGCAGCGGCUCCUCGCGGUCCACGCGCGGGGGAGCUGGUUUGCGCGCGGGGCCGCAACCGUAAGGCCGUGUUGUGCCAGCGCUGCGGCUCGCGCGUGCUGCUGCCCGGCGCCGCUACCUUCGCGCGCAGAGAGCUUUUCCUUCCCUCCAUGAAGAAGAAGACAGCCCUGCUUGCCAGCAACUCUCCGGAUGGGGAUGUGCUCCAGGAUCACUGGCUCGUAGAUGACAUGUUUUCCUUUGAGAAUAUUGGGUUCACCAAGGACGUUGGGAAUGUAAAGUUCCUCAUAUGCGCAGACUGUGAGAUCGGGCCAAUUGGCUGGCACUGCCUAGAUGAUAAGAAGAGCUUCUACGUAGCCCUGGACCGUGUUUCUCAUGAGUAGCAUCCUGAGUGGAGCUGGGACUCUCUGCGAGGCCAUCCCAGCUGGUGGCCAGGAUUCCUCAGUGCAACCAUUCCACAGCUCUUAACAUGUACCAACAUGAAGCCAGAGGCACCGGCGCGUGGACUUGAACAUGUCAUGGAUUCAUCUUAACAUCUUAUUUAAAGCAAUGGGCAAUUAUUGUCACAUUCCAUGCAUUACGGCUUCCUCUGGUCCUUCCUCCCACUGUAACACGGGGAUGGCGAUUCCACAGUCUCCCAUUUCUGAUUUUUAGUCCUAACUCAUGGGCAGUCUCAUCUUGGUUCCUGAAGUGUAAAAUGUGAGCAUAACUCUUCCCACCAGAUGUCUUUCCCACAGAAACUCACGGUUUGUUUUUUUAUUUAAAUUUUGACUGUAAUGUAGAACAUUGUGAUGUAUUUCAAUGAAAAAGCUUUCUCCAAAAGGGAGGAACAAACUAGGAACUGCACCUUUGAGAGGACAGCUAGGUAGAUAGAACUUUGCCCAUUUUCUCAGGCAUUUUAUUCAGUUUUAGUGGUUUCUCACUAUGAUUUGGCUUACAGGGUUUGCCCUUCAUGCCGCAUGUAAAAGUUUACAGCCUGGGCAGCUUUCUCCCUCCUUUUAAAAGAUUACUUUCCUGCUUGUAUUUACAGUUUAAAUUGUUCACGGCCUGGCAAUGAAAAAUGGCCUGGGCUGUUGCUGGUGUGGAGGUUUCAUUUUGCAGGAAGUAUAAGAGUGUUUCCUGUGUAAGAUAAAAUCCAUAGUCAAAUUGCAAAAAGUAAAUGUACUUGAACUGUUAUAAUCAAUAUUCAUGUUCAAUUAAAUUUAUUCCAUGUUUCUCA